UGGUCAACUUCACGAUCCUUGCCGGCGGUUUCACCACCUUUAUUGCAACUUACGUCUUCGACUCGGACGCCUCUACACUUUCCCUCACGAAGCAGACAGAGACAGGCAGCAACCCUUCUUGGAUCGCCUCACACCCCCAGAACUCAAGCAUCCUCUAGGCCGUCAAUGAAAUCUCCCCAGUUGGAAACCUGCAAUCUUUCCUGGUUGAUGCAGAUGGUGGCCUACAGCUGGUGGAUACAGUGUCAACGGGCGGAUCUGGGCCGACGUUCACGAACCCUUUGUCAACGGGAGAGGUCACUGCGAUGAACGUCGGCUCUCCUAACUGCUCCCUGGUUGCCACAUUGCCUGACGAUCCACUCCGCUUCAGCAAAGACUCCCCAGUUGUCGAAUUUCCCGUCAAUGGAGGUCCUUCAAACCCGCACAUGUCUUUGGAAUUCAAUGGAGAGGUGUUUGUGCCAGACCUCGGCGCUGACAAGAUCUGGCGUCUGGUGAACGACGGCGAACCGGGCAAGUUCAGAAUCCAAGGCCAGAUCGACGUUACACCCGGUAACGGACCUCGCCACAUCGCCAUCCGAGGUGGUAUCCUGUUUACGAUCAACGAGCUCACAUCAACGCUAACCGCACAGCAAAUCCCUCAGGCGCCCAACGGCACGGCGCUGCCACUGCUCGCCAACGUGUCCAUCGUCCCUGAUGACGUGCAGGUCCAGAGCCUGAAUGCGUCGUUCUUCGCCGCCGAGAUCCUCAUCUCCGAGCCCUCCGAGCUGUCCCCGGACCCGCUCAUCUACGUCAGCAACCGCAACCUCGGGCCCGACUUCGACCCGCGUGGGGACUCGAUCGCCAUCUUCGAGUUCAAGAACUCGAGCGUGGCGGUGACGCAGUCCUCGUCGCCUUCUAGUGAUCCCGCACCGACAAGGCGCCGCCGGUUCCAUGCUAGGCAUUGGUUCAGCCGUGACCACGUUGAAGCUGUGGAAGAAGAGCUCGAUGCUUACCCCAUCAACCAGAUCGCGGGCACCCUGACACUGCAGGCACAAGUGUUCACAGGCCUCCGCCAGAUUCGCAGCAUGGCGUUCGGUCGCGUCGCCGAUGGAGGCGAUGAGUUCUUAAUCGCUGGCGCUAAUCUGGACGGAGGAGUCGCGGUGUUCAGGAGGGUCGACGGUGGCCGAAAUCUCACCGAAGUCGCGAGGAAUACUGAGCUUCCCAACCGCACGAGCUUCGUCUUCCUCUAGG